CACGCAGCCAAUCAGCGCAUACCAUCCGCUCUCUCUGACGCUGCGGGUAUCCCUGCGUACCACAGUAGGUUUCUGCGGGUUCCGGGAGGCGGACAGCCAUGCUGAAGGCCAAAAUCCUUUUCGUGGGGCCCUGUGAGAGUGGGAAAACAGUUUUGGCCAACUUUCUGACCGAAUCUUCAGAUAUCACUGAGUAUAACCCAACACAAGGUGUGAGGAUCCUAGAGUUUGAGAACCCACAUGUCACCAGCAACAACAAAGGCACAGGCUGUAAAUUUGAGCUCUGGGACUGUGGUGGAGACUCCAACAGGUUUGAGUCAUGCUGGCCGGCCCUGAUGAAGGAUGCUCAUGGAGUGGUGAUCAUCUUCAAUGCUGACAUCCCAAGCCACCUGAAGGAGAUUGAGAUGUGGUAUUCCUGCUUUGUCCAGCAGCAGUUUCUCCAGGAUAGUCACUGCAUGCUUGUGGCCCACCACAAACCAGGCUCAGGAGGGGACAAGGGGAGCCUGGCUUUGUCUCCGCCCUUGAACAAGCUCAAGCUGGUACACUCUAAUCUGGAGGAGGACCCAGAGGAGAUCCGCAUGGAAUUCAUCAAGUAUUUUAAAAGCAUCAUUAGUGCCAUGUCAGAGAGCAGAGACCGGGAGGAGCUGCUCAUCAUCACCUAAGCCCUGCCCCUGUCCCAAUGACGCCAGCAGCCUGUCCCCCUCCUCCUGAUGACGUCAGCUUCCUUCUGCAGGCAGAACUGAAAUCCAUUCAGUUGAUCAAGCUGUCUUGUCCCUGUGGCUAAAGAAGAAACGUUCUCUAUCUACUAGAAGGUUCCAGUCAGAGCCAGAAGUGAUGGCACACACCUGUAAUCCUAGCACUUUGGGGAGGUGAGGGAGGCUGAGACAGGAGGAUUGAGAGUUCAAGGCCAGCCUGAGCUACAUGAAGAGAACUUGUCUCAACCCUUCUCCCUGUUCAGCUGUCUUAGAUAAACAAUAUCCUUUCAGUGAUCUGCCCAGUGCUGUAUUUUCAUGUUUGAAGUUUUUAAAGAUUUAUUUUUAUUUUA